CUGUGUUCGCGAGGGUGGUCCAUUGUCAGUCUCUCGUGGAACGGCGGUACGGCGUGCGCUCACCAGCUUUUGUCUGAGGUGCAACUGUCACAAUCAAGCUCCAAUCCCAAAAUGAAGCGGGCGUGGGUUGUCGGACUUCUACUCGGGCUCUUCGCCUUCGCUGCCGUGAGGGCCGAAGAUGAACUGGACGUGGACGGUACCGUGGAUGAGGACCUGGGCAAAAGCAGGGAUGGCUCCAAGACAGACGACGAGGUGGUUCAGAGGGAGGAGGAAGCCAUCCAGCUGGACGGAUUGAACGCGGCCCAGAUUAAGGAACUACGGGAAAAGUCUGAGAAGCACGUCUUCCAGGCUGAGGUCAACCGCAUGAUGAAGCUGAUCAUCAACUCCCUGUACAAGAAUAAAGAGAUCUUUCUCCGAGAGCUGAUCUCCAAUGCUUCCGACGCCCUGGAUAAAAUUCGCCUGUUGUCUCUCACUGACGAGGUCGCAAUGAGCUCCAACGAAGAUCUGGUCAUCAGAAUCAAAUCGGACAAGGAGAAGAACAUGCUUCACAUCACUGACUCGGGCAUCGGCAUGACCAAAGAGGAGCUGGUGAAGAACCUGGGCACCAUCGCCAAAUCGGGCACCAGCGAGUUCCUCAACAAGAUGACGGAGAUGCAGUCGGCGGAGCAGUCCACCUCGGAGCUGAUCGGCCAGUUCGGCGUGGGCUUCUACUCGGCCUUCCUGGUGGCCGACAAGGUCAUCGUGACCUCCAAGCACAACGACGGCGAGCAGCACAUCUGGGAGUCGGACUCCAACAGCUUUUCGGUCAUCGAGGACCCCCGCGGGAACACGCUGGGCCGCGGCACCACCAUCACAUUGUUGAUGAAAGAGGAGGCCUCGGACUACCUGGAACUGGAGACCAUCAAGAACCUCGUGAGGAAGUACUCGCAGUUCAUCAACUUCCCCAUUUACGUUUGGGCCAGCAAGACGGAGACGGUGGAGGAGCCCGUCGACCGAGACGACGACGACGAGCCGGAGGAGAAAGCCUCCGAAGAUGAGGCUGAGGUGGAAGUGGAGGAAGAGGAAGAAGGCAAAGACAAGCCCAAGACCAAAAAGGUGGAGAAGACGGUGUGGAACUGGGAGAUAAUGAACGACAUCAAGCCCAUCUGGCAGAGACUGGCUAAGGACGUCGAGGACGACGAGUACAACGCUUUCUACAAGACCUUCUCCAAGGAUAACGAGAACCCUCUGGCUCACAUCCACUUUACGGCCGAGGGCGAGGUCACCUUCAAGUCCAUCCUGUUUGUGCCCACCGCCGCCCCCCGCGGCCUCUUUGACGAGUACGGCUCCAAGAAGAACGACUACAUCAAGCUUUUCGUCCGGAGGGUUUUCAUCACGGACGACUUCAACGACAUGAUGCCCAAAUACCUCAACUUUGUCAAGGGAGUGGUCGACUCUGACGACCUCCCUCUGAACGUGUCCCGAGAGACGCUACAGCAACACAAACUCCUCAAGGUCAUCCGGAAGAAGCUGGUACGCAAAACUCUGGACAUGAUCAAGAAGAUAGCCGAGGAGCAGUACAAUGACAAGUUCUGGAAGGAGUUUGGCACCAACAUCAAGCUGGGCGUCAUCGAGGACCACUCCAAUCGGACCCGGCUGGCUAAGCUGCUGCGCUUCAACACCUCCAACAGCGACACUGAGGUCACCGGCCUCGAGCAGUACGUCGAGCGCAUGAAGGAGAAGCAGGACAAGAUCUACUUCAUGGCGGGCACCAGCAGGAAGGAGGCGGAGGCGUCUCCCUUUGUGGAGCGGCUGCUGAAGAAGGGCUAUGAGGUGAUCUACCUGACGGAGCCCGUGGACGAGUACUGCAUCCAGGCCCUGCCCGAGUUCGACGGCAAGCGCUUCCAGAACGUGGCCAAGGAGGGAGUCAAGUUCGACGAGAGCGACGAGGCCAAAGAGAAGCGCGAGGCGCAGGAGAAGGAGUACGAGCCGCUCACCACCUGGCUCAAGGACAAGGCGCUCAAGGACAAGAUCGAGAAGGCGGUCCUGUCGCAGAGGCUGACCAAGUCGCCGUGCGCGCUGGUGGCCAGCCAGUACGGCUGGUCGGGGAACAUGGAAAGGAUCAUGAAGGCGCAGGCCUACCAGACGGGCAAAGAUAUUUCCACAAAUUACUACGCCAGCCAGAAGAAGACUUUAGAGAUCAACCCCAAGCACCCCCUCAUCAAGAAGAUGCUCAAACGGGUCAACGACGACGGCGGGGACCAGACGGCGUCGGACCUGGCCAGCGUCCUCUUUGAGACGGCCGCCCUGCGCUCGGGCUACCAGCUGGCCGACACCAAGGCCUACGGCGACAGGAUCGAGCGCAUGCUGAGGCUCAGCAUGAACGUACCGCUGGACGAGCAGGUGGAAGAGGAGCCCGAGGAGGAGCCCGAGGAGGAGCCCGAGGAGGAGCCGGCCGAGGACGACGGGGCGGACGAGGACCAAGACGAGGUCGCGGCAGACGAUGCCAAAGACGACGACGAGCAAGUGGUCAAGACGCCCAAAAUCGAACUGUGAGAGGAGCGCAACUCGGGAAGAGAGAGCGGCGCCCGGCUGGCUGCCCGUGACGCACCAUUGUCUUGGCACGGGCGAGCGAGCGAUCAUUUUAAGGAGCGCUUGGGUGUGUUGUGCAUUUGUUUGCCUUUUUUUUUUUUUUAAUUUUUUUUUUUUUACACAUUCCUCACACCUGUAAAUUUGUUAAUAUUUAACUGACCUGUUGAUGGAGGGAUCCUGUCUCUUGAAUAAAUGUUUCCUGGGAAAAGGAA